AUGUACAGUUCAGCAAAAGCAGCUGACACCCCAAAGGAUAAGCCGCUCACUAUCGUAGCUGACCUGCCCAUACCCAAAGCAGCCGCAUUCACGGAUUGGGAAGGGUGUGCGCGUAACGGUACAUGCACCAAACCUGAACUCCUGCUCACCAACGAUGUCUUCUGCGCAGUUCAGGGCUCAUGUACUCCAUGUGUUGGAUUGGAUCUGAAAGCCGCGACCGCUUGUGAGAAAACGGGCUUCCGACAUCCUAUCCACUGCAACGUAACCACGGAUGCCUCAGCGCAAUUGCCAACCGAAGAAAGGUACCGUGCUAUUAUUUGGCUAUGUGGUGAUACGUGUCCGUGUGGAAAUACCUGCACGUAGGGCAUGCGUAUUCGGCAUCUAUGCCUGUGAAAAUCUGUAUCAUAUAUAUCGGAAAGCUAUCGGAU